CCCCUCCCCCCCCCCCGCCCCCCGCUCGGUGCACCUCUUUCUCAACUCGGUGUUUUUUUUUACAAGAUUUGGCGAUCUUGCAUCUUCGGCACAUUCGGUGUUCGAAUUACAUCUUGCGUUCUUCGCUGUUCUCUGCAAUCUUCCCCGCAAAAAAAGGACGAUAAACAGAGCCCUUCCGACCUCCAUAUAUUGUACAUAAACACACAUCCACCCGCCUCCACAAAAAAAUGCCGCCAAAAAAGAAACCCGCAUCCGCCAGCGGUGCCAAAAAGAAUUCCAAGAGUAAAGAAGUAGUUGGCCAGGAUCUGGAACUCCAAGAAAAACUCGUGAAAGCCGCAGCGGAGAAUGAGGCGCUUACCAGGGAGCUCGCCCACCAAUCCAGCCUCUCCCACCGUCUCCAACUCACCAUCGAGUCCCAACGUGCGCGUAUAACAGAUUUGGAGGACGUGGUGGAACGCAAGGGGAAGGAUCGGAUGGAUCUGAGCACGGACAUGGGGCGGCAGUAUAAGGCGAUGCAGAGCGAGAUGUGUGCAAAGGUGGCGGGGUUGGAGGGGACUGUGGCGGAGUUGGGAGGGAGGCUGGCGGCCUCCCAAGCAGCCCUAGCAGAAUCCCUCCGUGAAUGCGCGCAGAUCGUCGCUGAAAAAGAAGCUGCGCUCGAAGACCAGCACCAGAAGAUGUCGUACAUGUCUAACGAGUUUGAAAGCAUGCUCAAUGAAACACUAGGGAAAAUGCACAAGAAACUCGAAACAGUCAGCCAGCGGUGGAAGGAGAGCGACAACAUCCAUCUGUCGGAUGUCAACCAGCGGCGGUUGGCGGAUUUUCAUUUGACGAGGUUGACGUUGGGGAAGACUGAGUAG